AUGAAUGUGCCCCCAUACAUCAUUGCCCAGUUAGAAAAGGCUAAUGACGUCAUUAGACGGCAAUCUGCUGAAUUGGACCGACUUCGCUCAAGUGGAUUGUCUGUCGAAAAUGUGGCUUUACGCAAUCAACUCAUGCAAGUUGCUCAAGAAUAUAGGCGAGUAUUACCUAUAACUUGUUCAUUAUUCACCUAUGUGUCCAGUCGGCAACGUUUUCUGGACCAGGAAGUUUUAUUGUCGGAAUUGAAUUUCGAAGUGAAAAGCCUCGCAAGGGACAAGGAUAUUCUGCAAGAGCGAUGUAUCGAGUUAGAGAGGAAAUACAAAAAGGCGAAAGCUACAAGUAAAGAGUUCGAGAAAAUCAUGGAAGCGGCCGAUCAGUGCUCGUCAUUGGUACCAGAUUCGCCAUCAUUACUAGAUCGAUCUCGAAAAAAGUAUAGAUCUCCAUCCAAAAAAGACGAGCGGGACGAUUCGUUACAG